UAAAAUCUUCAACUACCACUUUUAGCUUUCUCUCUGAUGAGGUGGGGUCUGGCUUGGCGAGAUGCGGCGGUGGCUGCCGCUUUCCCUGCUCCCCGCGCCUCGUAACAGUCCGCGGGACAAACAUCGCGGAGAUUCCAAUAAGCGCGCACCGCCCACGUGUAGUACCAAUCGACCGCGGGGUGCUCUUCCCGUGCCACACUUGUCUGGGAUGGCUCUCCGUGUCGUCUACUCCUCCCGUCUCCUCCGUAUUGGCCGCAGUUCCCUGAACAGAAGCUAUUCCAUAGCGUGGUGCACCCAAAGAGUCGCAAAAUAUAGUUCUUUGGGUUCCAAUCUCCGUUACCCGCGGUCCUCGCUCUCUCCCUCGACCUACGACCGAUGUGUGGGGAGAGACAGACAGUCCUAUUACUACAGUACUAGCAGCAGUGAUGGUGGAGGGGAGGAGAAAGAUGAGGGGGAGGGGGAAGAAACAGAGGAAAGUGGAGGAGAGGAAGAGGCAGUGAAAAAUCUCCACCAGCAGUUUGCCCUCGCUCCAGUCUCAGUCCCAGAUAUAUUCCCCGAGGUUCCCGUUCUUCCAGUCUCCCGUAACCCAAUCUUUCCCAAGUUCGUCAAAAUGCUCGAGAUCAGUGAUGCACAGUUGAUGAAGCUCAUCAGACGUAAAGUUAAACUGGCUUUGCCCUAUGCUGGAGCGUUUCUCAAGAAAGACGACAGCGACGAGGAUGAAGUGAUGACAUCACUUGACAAUAUCCAUAAUGUGGGAACGUUUGUUCAGAUCACGGAACUCCACGACAUGGGAGACCAGAUGAGAAUGAUAAUUCAGGGGCACCGCAGGCAAGCUUUGCCAUGUGAUAGUCACAUGACCUGUGGUCCAGUUGAGGUGGAAGUGGAGGAGAGUGAGGAGAGAGGGGGUGAGGAGGGGAAGAGAGAGAGAGGUAAGAGGAAAAACUGGUGGAAGAGUUGGGUGGUGGACCCGAAAAGUCGAGACAAGAUGAGCGACUCGGAGAGCGAAGGAGAGGAGGAGGGGAGACCAAUUCUGAUGGUGAGGACGGAGAACGUUCAUCACGAGCCGUUCAAGAGCACCGAGGAAGUCAAGGCACUGACUGCUGAGGUCAUCAAGACAAUUCGUGACAUCAUCGCCCUAAACCCACUCUACAGGGAGUCAAUAGCUCAGUUGAUAGACGCUGGGAAGAAAGUUGUCGACAGUCCAGUCCACUUGGCCGAUUUUGGUGCUGCUCUGACGAGUGCAGAGUCGUCGCAACUGCAGGCAGUUCUAGAGAGUACAGUGAUCACAGAGAGGUUAAAGCUGACACUGGAGCUGUUGAAACGAGAGCUGGCGGUUGCCAUUCUGCAACAGAAACUAGGGAAGGAGGUGGAGGAGAAGGUGAACAAGAUGCAGCGGCAGUAUCUUCUUCAAGAGCAGCUCAAGAUCAUCAAGAGAGAACUGGGCCUUCAGAAAGAUGACAAGGACGCCAUCUCUGAGAAGUUCAGGGACAGGGUCAAGGAGCUGGUGAUGCCAGACGCCAUCAAGGAGGUUGUCGAAGAAGAAUUGAACAAGCUCGGCUUCCUCGACAACCACUCCGCCGAAUUUAGUGUGACUAGAAACUAUCUGGACUGGUUGACCAGCCUUCCCUGGGGCAAGACUAGCGAGGAGAACUUUGACCUUUCCUGGGCUCGAACAGUUCUGGACGAAGACCACUACGGACUUCAGGACAUCAAAGACAGAAUUCUUGAGUUCAUCGCAGUGGGUCAGCUGAGGGGCUCAGUUCACGGGAAAAUUCUCUGUUUUACUGGACCACCAGGUGUUGGAAAGACCAGCGUUGCCCGCUCAAUAGCAAGAGCUCUGAAAAGAGAAUAUUUCAGGUUCAGUGUUGGAGGGAUGACGGAUGUAGCGGAGGUCAAAGGUCACCGCCGGACCUACGUGGGUGCGAUGCCGGGGAAAGUCAUCCAGUGUCUGAAGAAGGUCGGGACGGAAAACCCGCUUAUCCUGAUUGACGAGGUUGACAAGAUCGGGCAUGUUGGGUACCAUGGCGACCCAGCCUCCGCCCUGCUAGAACUGCUCGACCCAGAACAGAACUCAAACUUCCUGGACCACUACCUCGACGUACCUGUUGACCUCUCCAAGGUGUUGUUCAUAUGCACGGCCAACGUGACGGAUACAAUCCCGGCACCUCUGCAAGACAGGAUGGAGAUAAUCCAGGUCUCUGGCUACGUCGCCGAGGAAAAGGUGGCCAUUGCUGAGCGGUACCUGAUACCUCAGGCACGUGACGGUGCUGGUGUAGGUGAGGCCCAGCUGACCAUAACCCCGGACGCCGUCAACAGUCUCAUCAAGUGGUACUGCAGGGAGAGCGGCGUGCGGAACCUGCAGAAACAGAUCGAGAAGGUGAGAGAGAUGAGAGAUUUUUAUGAAGUCAAGGAAAAGGAGGAGAAAGGGGAGGAAGAGGGAGGGGCUGGGCUGACGGUGACCAAUGAAAACCUGUCCGACUAUGUCGGGAAUCCAAUCUUCAUAUCGGAUCGGAUGUACGAGACCACGCCCCCUGGGGUGGUGAUGGGACUGGCGUGGACAGCAAUGGGAGGAACAACUCUCUUCAUUGAGACUGCUCUCACAAAGCCGCUAGCGGGGGAAGAGGGGAAGCCAGAAGCCGAGGGGGGAACCCUGCAAUCAACUGGACAACUCGGCGACGUCAUGAAGGAAUCCACUGAGAUUGCUUACACAUUUGCAAAGAGUUUUCUGGCUGAUAAAGGAAACUCGAUGUUGAGAAAAGCCAACAUUCACCUCCAUGUCCCUGAGGGGGCGACCCCCAAGGACGGGCCAAGUGCAGGAGUGACUAUCGUAUCUGCGUUGGUGUCGCUGGCACUGGGGCGACCGCUGAGACAGGACGUUGCCAUGACGGGAGAGCUAUCCCUCACUGGAAAAGUCUGUUUUCCUCACAAACCCUAGUAAAAUAACGCAGCUGGUAUAUAGAACACUUGCCUAUACUGUUGGUUCGAUUCCCACCCAGGGCAGCUCUUAAUUUUUACACGGCUGAUCUUUUCCCCCAGGUCCUACCAGUCGGUGGAAUAAAAGAGAAGACAAUAGCAGCCAAGAGAGCGGACGUGAACUGCCUCAUCUUGCCCGAUGUGAACAAGAGAGAUUUUGACGAUCUUCCUGACUACAUUCGCGAGGGGCUGGAGGUCCACUUUGUCACCAGCUACUCUGAGGUUUUCGACAUCAUAUUUCCCUCGGAAGAUUCCUGAAAAGACAGUAUCAAUCGUUUCUCAGUGUCAGUUAUAGCAUCAUCUCAUUUUGGUUUCAUACACAGCG